AUGAAGGGCGUUAUUCUUUACACUUUUUGCAGCCUAAUUUGGUUCGCCAGAGGCAUUAAAAUUGAUUGCGAGAACCCGGACUCCAUCAAGGAGGAGCAUAUCCAUUAUUGCUGCAAACAUCCCGAUGGACACAACGAUAUAAUCGAGGAUUGUGCCAAGGAGACCAACUUCAUGCUGGCCAAUAAGAACGAGGAGGCAUUGGUGGACAUCACAGCUGACCAGGCCAUUCGAGGCACUUGCUUUGGCAAAUGUGUCUUUAAGAAACUCAAUCUCAUGAAGGACAGUGAGCUGGACAUGGAUGCCGUGAGAAAGUAUUUCACUGACAAGUUCUUCGACGAUCCGGAAUAUGUCAAGGAAAUGAUCAACGCCUUCGAUCACUGCCAUGGCAAGAGUGAAGAGAAUACCUCCUUGUUCUUGUCGAAGCCUCUCUUCAAGCAGAUGUCCCAGCACUUCUGUGAGCCCAAGUCUAGUGUCGUCCUGGCCUGCGUGAUCCGUCAGUUCUUCCACAACUGCCCGGCAGAUCGUUGGUCCAAGACCAAGGAGUGCGAGGAUACCUUGGCUUUUAGCAGGAAGUGCCAGGAUUCGCUGGCUACUUUGUAAUUAGUUUUUGAUAAUAAAGAACAUUAAAUUU